CGCAUAACUUUAAUGCCGUUUGAUAUCGAUAUCGACGGCAACCCAGUUAUAUUAUAUACAUACAUACAAUAAUCGAUAGAGAGACUCGAGAACGGUAGUGGUUUAUCCUAUCGGCUGCUCGUUGAGCGAUCUCGUCUCUCUACAAAGACGGUUCAUUAGCCGUUUAACCCGCGGUCACUGAACUAAAUGCCGUCAUUAGCGAGUAUAAUUGUCAGACGUAGUCUAAGCUUCUCAAUUUUCUACAGUCUCAUCGACACCUCCAAUCGACAAAGAAAAUGCGAUCGCUCUUUGAACCUUCGUUGAAAUUUCUUUUAAUUUUUUACUCUUUUUUUAAUCAUCCUUCGGCCUAUCAACGAGACAAAAGAUAUUUGGUUUUUCCACCACCGGGUACCAACGCUCCAACUAAAGUACAGCUAAUCCUCGGGCUCGGUUUACCCAUGGAGAUCGACGUCAGCAUGAUUAUCGGAUAUGUGAUGAAAUUUAAUUACGUCCUGCCCUAUAACGCCUCCUACUUGACGGAUUCAUUCGUACGGUAUGAGAGAUCGAUCGACCAUGACGAUUCCGUGAAGGAGAACAAUGGAUUUGACAUUCGAACAUCGAAUAUACUUGAUUCACCGACUACAUCCAGGUGGGAACUCUACGAGAUCCUCGAAUCGAUUUUGGAAAAUUCACAUUAUGGCAAAGUCUGUCUUUUAAGAAUGAUUUGCGAAGUUGCUGAUGUACCAUUUAAUAGAAUGCACGGACUUGCAGGAAAACUAUUUCAUGUACUUCUCACGCCUUCAACAACGUCCGAUACGUUUAGAACGCAUGCCGAUCAGGAAUAUCACAGUGCAGAAUUGGCAGGUCGACAAAAUCCCGAGCGAUGUCAGAGUAUAUUUUCCGAAUGUCCGGAAAGUCUGCUCGAAUACUUUACCGAGAUUCGAGAAUAA